AUGAGGAGGAGCGGGGCCUGUGGUGGUGGCCCAUGUGGCUCCUCCCCUGCCUGGUUCUGCCAGUUGUGGCAGCAGACGGAAGAGACGCCCAUGGGUGCCCCGAAAGCGGGGUUCCAGGGCACGUGUGCCCUGUUCCAGGAUGGCCUUCACAGGGUCUGUGAGCCCGAGGGAGCCACUCGCGGCCAGCAUCCAGCCCUGCCCCAGUCUCAGCCCAAGUACCAGCUGCAGGAAGAUCCGCCCAGCCCCACGGGACAGAGAUCAAGGCUGAUGAGCGGCGGGACGGGGAGGGACCGGACCUGCAGCGCCCGCCCAGAGCGGCGCACCCGUCCUGCCGGGAACCGCGGGCCGCAUCUCCCGCGCCCAUGCGGGGAACCUCAGCCUUCCCACCCGCGCCCCGGGCUCGGGGGCGACUGCCGGGACCACCCCCAACCACCACCACCAGGGCUGGUGGACAGGGGACCCGGCCACAGCGCCCGGCUCGGCCGGAGCUCAGACUGCGCAGGGUGGGAAAACGGCCGAGCCGGAGUCCGGAGCUCCGGGCCACCCCGCGGGCGCCUUGCGCCCCCACCCCAGCCUCCGCCGGCCCCAGGCCCAGCGCCCGCGCAGGUGGUUCGGUUUCGCUCAGUGGCCACCCCGCCCCGGCCCGGGUGUCCCACCUGUCCGCACGGCACCCCAGAGCUCAACACGCAGUCCCUCCGCUCGCUCCUCGGCCGGUUUGCGACGCCGCCCGAAUUUAAACCCGCUCAGGCCCCUCCCCGCGGCGGCCCCGCCCUCGUCUGGGGGCGGCGGCCCGAUGGGUCGCCCCGAGGCUGA